CCAGUGUUCGUGCGUCGGGGCGGCGCGUCCGCCCGCCCUUAAAGGGCCUGCACCUCGGAAAACUCGCAGCCCCGCACGGCGUCGGGUCGCUACCACCUAUCACGCCCCUCACUCUGCGACUCGCCUCCCACCGCGGCCAGCCCCCGCCGCCGGCUCUUCCUCCCUCCCCUUUCCCGGCGUCUCCAGGCUCCCGGCAACCAGCCGCCCUCCUUCUCGCGGCCCUGGCCCGGGGCUCCAGGGUCUCAGGCCGUACUCAGCCCCUCGCGAGCUGGGACCCCUGCCCGUAGCCCGCAUCCCCUCCCUCCCCGCCCCCUCCUGGUCGCCCCCUCCUUGCGGGGACCCUGGGAGCUUCUCCGGGGCUCUUGGGAGGGGACAUUUCCUAAUCUCAGGCCGGGGUUAAAGUUCUGGUUCUGGUGAGAUGCUGGAAGCUGCGGCCGCAGCCGCAACCCGUCCCGGAGGUGUCCUGUCGCCUGUCGCCGCCGCCGCCGCCACCACCACCGCUGCCACUGCCGCCCUGCCGGGGCCAUGUUCGCUCUGGGCUUGCCCUUCUUGGUGCUCUUGGUGGCCUCGGUCGAGAGCCACCUGGGGGUUCUGGGGCCCAAGAACGUCUCGCAGAAAGACGCCGAGUUUGAGCGCACCUACGUGGACGAGGUCAACAGCGAGCUGGUCAACAUCUACACCUUCAACCAUACUGUGACCCGCAACAGGACAGAGGGCGUGCGUGUGUCUGUGAACGUCCUGAACAAGCAGAAGGGGGCACCUUUGCUGUUUGUGGUCCGCCAGAAGGAGGCUGUGGUGUCCUUCCAGGUGCCCCUAAUCCUGCGAGGGAUGUUUCAGCGCAAAUACCUCUACCAAAAAGUGGAACGAACCCUGUGUCAGCCCCCCACCAAGAAUGAGUCGGAGAUUCAGUUCUUCUACGUGGAUGUGUCCACCCUGUCACCAGUCAACACCACAUACCAGCUCCGGGUCAGCCGCAUGGAUGAUUUUGUGCUCAGGACCGGGGAGCAGUUCAGCUUCAAUACCACAGCAGCACAGCCCCAGUACUUCAAGUAUGAGUUCCCUGAAGGCGUGGGCUCAGUAAUUGUCAAGGUGACCUCCAACAAGGCCUUCCCCUGCUCGGUCAUCUCCAUUCAGGAUGUGCUGUGUCCUGUCUAUGACCUGGACAACAACGUAGCCUUCAUCGGCAUGUACCAGACUAUGACCAAGAAGGCAGCCAUCACCGUACAGCGCAAAGACUUCCCCAGCAACAGCUUUUAUGUGGUGGUGGUGGUGAAGACCGAAGACCAAGCCUGCGGGGGCUCCCUGCCUUUCUACCCCUUUGUAGAAGAUGAACCGGUCGAUCAAGGGCACCGCCAGAAAACCCUGUCAGUGCUGGUGUCUCAAGCAGUCACGUCUGAGGCAUACGUCAGUGGGAUGCUCUUUUGCCUGGGUAUAUUUCUCUCCUUUUACCUGCUGACCGUCCUACUGGCCUGCUGGGAGAACUGGAGGGAGACCCCAUACUGCUCCCCACCCUGUGAGGAACCCUGGGACCAAAGGUGGAGGACAGUGGGACAUCCCUGGGACAUAGGGAUGAGAGUGGAGUGGAGAGGUAGAAGGAAAAGCCAGCCCCAUACGGAGGGAUCCUUGUCCUGUCCCAUCUGGGUGGCCUGUGGGUUCUGUCCAUGCAGGCAGAAGAAGAAGACCCUGCUGGUGGCCAUUGACCGAGCCUGCCCAGAAAGCGGUCACCCUCGAGUCCUGGCUGAUUCUUUUCCUGGCAGUUCCCCUUAUGAGGGUUACAACUAUGGCUCCUUUGAGAAUGUUUCUGGAUCUACUGAUGGUCUGGUUGACAGCGCUGGCACUGGGGACCUCUCUUACGGUUACCAGGGCCGCUCCUUUGAGUCUGUGGGUACUCGGCCCCGAGUGGACUCCAUGAGCUCUGUGGAGGAGGAUGACUACGACACAUUGACUGACAUCGAUUCCGACAAGAAUGUCAUUCGCACCAAGCAAUACCUCUAUGUGGCUGAUCUGGCACGGAAGGACAAGCGUGUUCUGCGGAAAAAGUACCAGAUCUACUUCUGGAACAUCGCCACCAUUGCUGUCUUCUAUGCUCUUCCUGUGGUGCAGCUGGUGAUCACCUACCAGACGGUGGUGAAUGUCACAGGGAAUCAGGACAUCUGCUACUACAACUUCCUCUGCGCCCACCCACUGGGCAAUCUCAGCGCCUUCAACAACAUCCUCAGCAACCUGGGGUACAUCCUGCUGGGGCUGCUUUUCCUGCUCAUCAUCCUGCAACGGGAGAUCAACCACAACCGGGCCCUGCUGCGCAACGACCUCUAUGCCUUGGAAUGUGGGAUCCCCAAACACUUUGGGUUGUUCUACGCCAUGGGCACAGCCCUGAUGAUGGAGGGGCUGCUCAGUGCUUGCUAUCAUGUGUGCCCCAACUAUACCAAUUUCCAGUUCGACACAUCGUUCAUGUACAUGAUCGCUGGACUCUGCAUGUUGAAGCUGUACCAGAAGCGGCACCCAGACAUCAAUGCCAGUGCCUACAGUGCCUACGCCUGCCUGGCCAUCGUCAUCUUCUUCUCUGUGCUGGGCGUGGUCUUUGGCAAAGGGAACACAGCAUUCUGGAUCGUCUUCUCCAUCAUUCACAUCAUCGCCACCCUGCUCCUCAGCACGCAGCUCUAUUACAUGGGCCGCUGGAAACUGGACUCGGGGAUCUUCCGCCGCAUCCUCCACGUGCUCUACACAGACUGCAUCCGGCAGUGCAGCGGGCCGCUCUACGUGGACCGCAUGGUGCUGCUGGUCAUGGGCAACGUCAUCAACUGGUCGCUGGCUGCCUAUGGGCUUAUCAUGCGCCCCAAUGAUUUCGCCUCCUACUUGUUGGCCAUUGGCAUCUGCAACCUGCUCCUUUACUUCGCCUUCUACAUCAUCAUGAAGCUCCGGAGUGGGGAGAGGAUCAAGCUCAUCCCCCUGCUCUGCAUCGUUUGCACCUCCGUGGUCUGGGGCUUCGCCCUCUUCUUCUUCUUCCAGGGACUCAGCACCUGGCAGAAAACCCCUGCGGAGUCGAGGGAGCACAACCGGGACUGCAUCCUCCUUGACUUCUUUGACGACCAUGACAUCUGGCACUUCCUCUCCUCCAUCGCCAUGUUCGGGUCCUUCCUGGUGUUGCUGACACUGGAUGACGACCUGGAUACUGUGCAGCGGGACAAGAUCUAUGUCUUCUAGCAGGAGCUGGGCCCUUCGCGUCACCUCAAGGGGCCCUGAGCUCCUUUGUGUCAUAGACUGGGCACUCUGUUUUGCUGUGGGGAUGAGUCCCAGCACCGCUGCCCAGCACUGGAUGGCAGCAGGACAGCCAGGUCUGGCCUAGGCUUGGCCUGGGACAGCCAUGGGGUGGCAUGGAGCCUUGCAGCUGCCCUCUGCCAAGGAGGAGGCCUGCUCCCCUGGAACCCCCAGACGUUGGCCAAAUUGCUGCUUUCUUCUCAGUAUUGGGGCCUUCCAUGGGCCCCCGUCCUUUGGCUCUCAUUUGUCCCUCUGCAAGAGGAAGGAUGGAAGGGACACCUUCCCCAUUUCAUGCCUUGCAUUUUGCCUGUCCUCCUCCCCACGUUGCCCCGGCCUGGGACCUAAGGCCCCUUUUUCCUCCCAUACUCACACUCCAGGGCCUAGUCUGGGGCCUGAAUCUCUGUCCUGUAUCAGGGCCCCAGUUCUCUUUGGGCUGUCCCUGGCUGCCAUCACUGCCCAUUCCAGUCAGCCAGGAUGGAUGGGAGUAUGAGAUUUUGGGGGUUGGCCAGCUGGUGCCAGACUUUUGGUGCUAAGGCCUGCAAGGGGCCCGGGGCAGUGCGUACUCUCUUCCCUCUGACCUGUGGUGAGGGCUGGCUCUUUAGCAAUGCGGUCAGCCCAAUUUGAGAACCACCUUCUGAUUCAAGAGGCUGAAUUCAGAGGUCACCUCUUCGUCCCAUCAGCCCCCAGACUGAUGCCAGCACCAGGACUGGAGGGAGAAGCGCCUCACCCCUUCCCUUCCUUCUUUCCAGGCCCUUAGUCUUGCCAAACCCCAGCUGGGGGCCUUUCAGUGCCAUUGACACUGCCUAAGAAUGUCCAGGGACAAAGGAGGGAUGAUACAGAGUUCAGCCUGUUCUGCCUCCACAGCUGUGGGCACCCCAGUGCCUACCUUAGAAAGGGGCUUCAGGAAGGGAUGUGCUGUUUCCCUCUACGUGCCCAGUCCUAGCCUCGCUCUAGGACCCAGGGCUGGCUUCUGAGUUUCCGUCCAGUCUUCAGCCAAGUUCUGUGUUAGUCACGCACACACAUACCUAUGAAACCUUGGAGUUUACAAAGAGUUGCCCCAGCUCUGGGCGCCCUGGCCACCCUGGUUCUUGAAUCCCCUUCGUGCCACCUGGUCCGCUCCAGAUGCCGAGGAUGGGGGAGCUCAGGCGGGGCCUCUGCCUGGGGGAUGGGAAUGGGUUUUUCUCCCAAACUUGUUUUUAUAGCUCUGCUUGAAGGGCUGGGAGAUGAGGUGGGUCUGGAUCUUUUCUCAGAGCGUCUCCAUGCUAUGGUUGCAUUUCCGUUUUCUAUGAAUGAGUUUGCAUUCAAUAAACAACCAGACUCAG